AUGCUUUUUCAACGUCUUCUGUUGCUCGCAGCCACAGCUGUCAGCGCUCAGCCGUCCGAUCGCCCUCGCCUUAAUUUCAAUUUCCCAUCCAAUUCAACACCUCAACGCUUCACCAUCAAGGUUGAUGAAUCCUUCGUGAACAACACCAUCCAAAAAGUUCGCAGCUAUCGCCCAACCUACGGCCUGUCUUCCACCUGGGAUAUCGAAGGGCCUCCCGCUGGAAAUCUGACCGAUGUCGCGGAAUAUUGGGUCAAUCAAUACGACUGGAACUACGUUCAGAAAAAACUAAACGACGACUUCGAUCACUAUGCAACGACUGUUUCGGGAGGCGAGAAGUACCCAUAUCCUGUACCGCUGCACUUUAUCCAUCAUGUUUCAACCAUUACAAACGCCACACCUCUGCUACUGCUUCACGGAUGGCCAUCAACAAAUCUUGAGUGGUCCAAAGUCAUCAAGCCUCUAUCAGAGAAUUCCGAACAGCCAUUUCACAUCGUAGCACCGGAUUUACCUGGAUUCGGAUUUAGCCCAGAGCCACAACACCAUGGGCUGGGUUUGCGAGAAAUGGGAUCGGCCUUUGACGCCCUGAUGCACCAACUCGGAUGGGUCACCGGAAGGUGGAUGACCAUCGACGUUCGCGAUAGUAUUCUUGGCCACAUGUGCGACUUCUUCCUUGCCGAAACAACGACUGAGGACCAGGCUCGACUGGCGCAGAAUAAGACAACCGAGGAGGAGACACUAUACAUGGCCUCUGUCGACAAAUGGUUCAGCUCGCAUUGGGCAUAUUUUGUCGUUCAUAGCCAGAAGCCCCUGACGAUAUCUCAAGCUCUAGCUGAUAGCCCUGUUGGUCUGCUUGGCUGGUUCUGGGAUGUCAACUAUGCCACUUCCAAUGGCUACCCAUACACCAAAGAAGAGCUCAUCACAGAUGCAAUGAUGAUGAUUAUACCGGGACCAUACGCGGGGAUUCAAGCUUACUUGGGUUUUCAGUCGCAAUUUCCCCACACAGAUGUGCCCACCGGGGUCUCUCAGUGGAGCAUGGGCGAUGGCCCGUUCCCUGACGUUGGAAACUUUGGCUUCGCGCCAAGAAGUUGGAUUGAAAGGUCCGUUAACUUGGUGUAUUUCCAGCGACAUCAAAAUGGCGGACACUUUCCAGCUGUCAGCCAGCCCGAUCUGUGGAUGAGUGACGCGCGGAGCUUCUUUUCCGCCCUACGCAACUCGUCUUCUGUGAAGAAGGAUGAGCUGUAG